AUGGCUCCCUUCACACAUCCACGUCCCCCACACCGAUCCUUGCGUUCUCCAUCUGUCUUACAUACUUCCAGAAGACGAUCAUCCCUGUCCUCAACUGCUCCGACCUGCACGUCAUCUUGCCCGGGUCGCGAAUCGAAUCGAAUCGAGAUUCGUCAAGAUCAUCAAUCUACAGGUCUUAAAACCCUCAAAUCUCGUCUCAACGAUUCGUUGAGCGCCAUUCCUGCUCCUCAAAUGGACUCAACUGCUGUUCCAGGCGUGUCACCACCCACACUUCCGUCAGGUCCGCACACGCCCACACUCCCGUCAAGUCCGCACACGCCGACAAAUAAGCGUACACCAUCCCAAUCGCCGUCCAACAAGAGAAAGAGAAUAGUACACAUCGACCAACUCAUCAGCGCGUUUGACACCGAACCAGAGGAUUUCCAGGCUGCAUGGUACGACUUGCGAGCUCUAGCUCUAGCUACUAGUUUCUCUACCCGAAGGCAGCCAGAAGUAACGCUUGCUCCAACGGCUCUUCAGACUGUUGGCGAAGCUCUACGACUCUUCAAUCUGCGCAAAGGUCGCAUGGAUCCUUUCGCAAGUGUACAAGGCUCGCCAAUACCUCCAUAUCUUGAGGAGAACAUUGAUAGGAUCUACUCUGUGACUAGUACUGUCGAAGCACCAUACAAUGAGGCCUUCUGUCGCAUGAUCAUAGAUCAGAUACUUAUCUGUUGUCUGUAUGAGGAGGGCCAACGAUCCGACCAGCAACCACCUAAGCAAGCCACAGACGCAGACAAAGACCCCUCUCAACCGCAUCCCCCUACGUCAAACACAAACACAGAAAGUGAAGAACCCGCUAGCCUCGAGCUACAGCAUGAGACACCACUAUCGAGACUUGUUACUCACCGGGGACAAACUAAGCGACUACAAGGAUUCGCGGAUUAUAGCGUUUGGUACGACAACACUAAAGAGGGAAAGAGGGCGAUGGCGACAAAUCUGUUGAUCGUGGAAGCCAAACGUGAAGAUCGUGCCGACAAUGCAUUGCCACAACUCGCCAGCUACAUGGGGAUCGUCCACGCUACUCGCAAAGCCGAGUCAAAGCAAAAUUGCAUUGUGUAUGGCGCAACUUCAGAUGGGAGGUUCUUCCGCUUCUGUCGUAUUGACAAUGAUGGCGUGUUCGCUCAUAGUGAUCUUCUACAGUGGGAACGUCACAAGGAUCAAAUCUACAGCAUUAUUCGGUCCCUCCUCCGAGCAGCAGCCCUUUCAUCACCAAGCACAACACCAAUAAAGGACCCAAUGCGUAGGAAAAUAGUCCUCGCGUCGUUCGGUAGCCCAGAGCGGGCCCGGAAGUUUGACUACGGUCAUGGUCUUUUUCAUUUAGACGUUUAUUACGAGGAUGAGGUGGAGGAUGCUGAGCUAGUCUACUUUAACCGCGAUUCGCAACAAUGA